AUGCCACCACGGGUGCGAGCUGUCCGACUCGCCUCGUCGCUCGUAUCGUCGCCCUCGCGGUCAUGUACGACACCGCUAGCCAGCGCCUUCGUGCUGCCCGCCCAGCAGCGCUGCGCCUCGAUUCUUUCUUCGCUGUCCGACAACGCCGGGGCCUACAAUAAGAAGAUCCGCCGAGGUCGCGGUCCUGCUUCGGGAAAAGGAAAGACGGCAGGACGAGGUCAGAAGGGACAACACGCACACGGCAAAGUCCCCGCUGGAUUCGAGGGAGGUCAGACACCACAAUGGAUCACAAAUCCCGAGCGAGGGCGGGGGAAGCACAAUCCAUUCAAGGUGGAGAUGUCGCCAAUUAAUUUGGACCGGAUACAAAGCUGGAUUGACCAGGGACGACUGGAUCCGAAGAAGCCCAUUACUAUGAAGGAAUUGGCGAAGUCACGGUGUUUGCAUGGCGUAAAGAGACACGGAGUGAAGCUGCUGGCAAGGAACCCCGAGCAACUCACUACGCCCAUCCACAUCGUCGUCUCCCGGGCAUCGAGCGAAGCCAUUGAGCGCAUCGAAGCCCUCGGCGGCAGCGUAACUACCCGCUUCUACUCGCCCACAGCCAUCAAGCGCGUGCUACGCGGGGAAUCGCACCCGACGAUUUCGCUACAAGCCUCACCGUCCCUCGUUGCGCUAACCAGCCGCUCCUCCGCCGUCAAAAUCCCAUCUCCCAUCCUCUCCGCGCUGCAAACCGCCGCUGAGGAAAAGAAGUCCGAGGCCAUGGCCGCAGUCAUGAAGCAAGUAGGCGCAAAAUACAAGUACAGGUUGCCUGAUGCCACGGCACGAAAGGACAUCGAGUACUACCGUGACCCAGCACAUCGAGGGUACCUAAACUACACACUCAAGCAAGGCGAGAGCCCAAGUCUGUUCUUUAAGCCACCAGGUGAGGCAAAGGACAAGAAGAAGCAGAGCGCAAGGCGCGAUGCCGCCAAGGCUAGUGCCGACAAUAGGUUAUUCUAG